CGAGCCCGACUUGCCUCCAGAAAACAUAAACAAAAGAAAAGGGCCAGACAUAACACGCCUUCAAUAAAAUAAAGAAGCAGCCGUGUUCUGUUCAUUAGUUGGACAAGGAGAUGAUUCUGUGUAUAUAUAUACGGAAGUGGGGAUACAUUAUUUCUAGCUUACCUGGUUUCUCAUCUCACAUUCAUCUUCUCUUCUCUCGUUUUUUCUCUUGCAAAAUACCUCCUCAGGGUUGGCCAAGUCACAUUGUCUCUGGCUGGUUUUAGCUCAAAAGCUUGUGUGCUUCUGUCUUUUCCUUUUCUGUUUCUUUUUCUCCAGAAUUGAAGCUUUGGUUGGGUGUUGAGAAUGGGAAGGCAACCUUGCUGUGAGAAAGUGGGGUUGAAGAAAGGGCCGUGGACAACUGAAGAGGACGAGAAGCUCAUCAAAUUCAUCCUCACUCAUGGCCAAUGCUGUUGGAGAGCUGUUCCUAAACUUGCAGGAUUACUGAGGUGUGGGAAGAGUUGCAGGCUCAGGUGGACGAAUUAUCUGAGGCCAGACCUGAAAAGGGGGCUUUUAUCUGAACAGGAAGAGAAACUGGUCAUUGACCUCCAUGCCCAACUUGGCAACAGGUGGUCGAAGAUUGCCUCUCACCUACCCGGAAGAACCGACAACGAGAUUAAGAACCAUUGGAACACUCACAUCAAGAAAAAGCUCAAGAAGAUGGGCAUUGACCCUGUCACCCACAAGCCAUUGGUCUCAAACCCAUCUGACCAGCCCCAGAGCCUGCAAAAUCAGCACCAGCAAAAGGAAGAGCAAUCUUGUUCAACAAUUUCAGCCGAUGCCGCAAAAACGCCGUCAGCUGAUGAUUUCAUCGAUUCGGUCAUAACCGAAGCCAAAGAAGACGAAGACAGAACAAGUUACAUGGCAAAUGCAAGCAUGCUCGACACAAUCGAGGUCACGGACAUAAACAGUUUCUGCACAGACGAGGUCCCUCUGAUUGACCCUAAUGACAUUUUGGUCGCUUGCCCUCCUUCUUCCUCGGCCUCUUCAUCUUCUUCCUCGUACAACAACAACGGCGGCAGCAGCAACAACUUCUUUCAAGAAUUGCAGUUUCCUGACUUGGACUGGUCUUAUGGUGAAUUUGGUAAUCAUAGCGACGGUGGCAACCAACACAUCAAGAUGUGGGAUGACGACUACUUCAUCAACUGGGAUUUUCUGGUCGAUAACGUCGAUGACAAAACGCUAAUGGUCGAUCCUCAUCCGGCCAAUUCGUGCCAAAGAUCGGCUUUGGAUCAGUCAUCUUGGACCAAUGAGGUAGUGCAGUAAAUGAACAAUUAAAAUUUGGUCUUUUUUCUUCUUUCUUGUGUGCAGUUUUCUACAUGCAUUACAUCACAGAGAGAAUAAGAAGCAUCCCAUGUUAGGGAAGGGGGAAAAGGACAGCACCCUUCUCUGGUGUGGCUUUCCCAUUUUAUUUAUUUGUCUUUCCUCCUUUGAAAGAGAGAGGAGCAAUGAAAAUUACUGUGUUUGAUUGCAUCUAAAUGUAAUUAGUCGGUCAUUGAAAUUGCAAAACAUUAUGCCUGUCA